AUGAAGUCUGCUCUCCUCACCGUCUUCGGCCUUGUUGCCGCUGCCACCGCCCAGAGCUCUGGCGAUCUUCCCCAGUGUGGUCAAACUUGUGCUAGCAACAUGGUCAGCGCCGCCAAGUCCCAGGAGCUUGGAUGUGAUGCCGGCGACGUUAGCUGCCUCUGCACCAACUCCGACUUCAUCUACGGUCUCCGUGACUGCUCCGCUGCUAUCUGCAACGACGAGCAGGCCGCUGCUGUCGUCGCCUAUGGUCUUGCCAUUUGCCGCCAAGCUGGCGUUCAGAUCACCACUGGUAGUGCCGGCAGUGUCUCCGCCUCUGCUACUGGCACUGGCGCCGUCCGAACUGUCCUCAGCACCCUCACCGAGAGUGACUCUACCAUCACCUCUGCCCUCUCUACCAUCAGCGGCACCGCCACUGACGCCAACGAGGACGAUCUCUCUGUGAGCACCUACACCAGCGUCUUCACCAACUCUGAGGGUGAGGAGGUUACCAGCACCGUCAAGGAGAUUCUCGGUGGAGCUGGCCUUACUACCUACACCUCCGGUGGAUCUACCAUCAUCGAGCCUGUCGAGACUGGCACUUCCUCUGCCGAGACCGAGUCCGAGACCGCUGAGGUUACCACCUUCACCACCGACGGCACCGCUGUUGUUCGAACUCUCGUUACCGAGACUGCUUCCACUGACUCUGCUGAUGCCGCCGAGGUCACCACUCUCACCAGCGACGGUACUGAAAUCAUCCGAACUCUGACCACCGUUACCACCGGCUCUGAGUCUGAGUCCGGAUCUGUUACGGAAACCGUUAGUGACGCCUCCACCGUUACCGAGGGCUCUGAUGAUGCUACUGGCACUGAUGCCGAGUCCACUGCCACCUCUACUGACGAUGCCGACAACGCUGCUGCUCAAAUGACUGGUGCCCCUGCUGCUGUCAUUGCCGCUGCUGGUCUCGCCAUGCUCCUCCUCUAA